GUCCCUGUGUUGGCAAGUCAGUCGGCACCGGGCCGGGGCCGCCCACGCAGCACAAACCCGCUUAAGUCUCAUGGGACCAACACUAACGGGCCCUCGUCCACAAUAAGAUGUUAUUCGCACUCACAGCCGUAACACUGGCACUUGUGGCCCGCCAGGGGGCAACUCGUAAAGCUUUCAACACUGUGGCGGGUCCUUACAUAGCAUACGCCGAGCGCCUUUACAUGUGUGAACCACCCGACCGCCCGUACCCGUGGAGAUGGCAUUUCACACCGUCUCAAUUUAACCCGCAGAGACCACAAGAAUUACAGCGCUUGACCGGAAAUAUGACAGGGGAUAAUAUUCAUAUCGAUGACAGCUGCACGCUCAAAGUAAAUGUGGACGCUUGGUCAAACAGUCUAAACCGAUAUAAGGUGGACUUCGUUGUCAUAGACUUUAAAGAUAAGGCAUGUCAAAAAAUUAGAAUGCUUAUCCCUGGAUUUUGCGCAACAGUUUAUAAGUCGAAAGAAAUUAAACGCGUAUGCGAUUUUGAACCCGGACUAUACGAGGUCAAUAACCGCACAGUCGACUGGACCGUGCCAAAUAUUCCAAUCUUUCCUUAUGGUCGCUAUAAGAUGAGACUUUCGUCUGAAAAAGCUGGAGAAACGAUAUUUUGCCUCGGAGUAGACUUUAGGACAAUUCCAAAUCCCGUUCACAGGUAAAGACGCGGUAGAUGGUCAAGAGUGAGAAAGAUCCGCUCUGCGGUACAAAUAAAGCAGAAUAGGAUAGGCAAGAACUUUCGGCCCUGCUCACCCAAUCGCACUGAGAAUUAUUUUUGGAGCCAGUCACUUAAAUUUUAGUGCCCAGGCCAAUAGUCUUUUCGACGCACUUUAGUGUUUAGCUCCAGGGGCAAAGUGAGGGGCAAAAGGCGUACAAAAUCAGCGCCGGAUUAUAAUAAAAUAGCGGCAAGUGGCGACAUUCUCAUGAUAUAUGCGCCAGAGUGGGGGGAACUGCCCACCUAACGCUAUGAGCACCUCAGCCAAUCGGUAGAUGUGCACUUGCAAGUGUACAACUCCUCGGUUGAACACUUCCUUAGAUUUAACGGUCACUGUGUAGGAAGUGCUAAACCGAGGAGUUGCACACUUGCAAGUAUUCAACUUGCAGUUGCACACUGGCAAGUAUUUAACUUGCAAUUGCACACUUAAAAGUGUUGAGCAGUUGAACACAUAGUUUUCAGUGUAAGUGCCGGCAGCCAAAAAAAAAAAAUUCUCAGUGUAAAAACCUUAUGGCUGCUUAAAACUCUGCAAGUCUUAUGCACAGCAUAAUGCAUAAGGUUAAUAGCUCCAAGACGAACCACCUUAAAAGCAAUAAAACUGUUCAUCCGCCAAUUUCUUUUUUUUUCUUUUAACCCCCACAUCAUGUUUCACCUCGUCACACCACGACGACAAACAGGGUUGAAAUUCUUUCGUGAUAUGCAAAGACCAACAGGCCGAUUCAGAAUGGGGGUAAGGAAAAACGCAUGGGGGCGUCCUUCUUGAAUCGUCCCGAUGGUCCUUAUGGACAUAAAGGAACAAUUUUCACCGUGAACUACCACUACCCUCCACGUCUCCAUUUUUGUUGCCCAUGAUUCUGUGUGUG